UUGCUACAAGUCACCCAAUCUGCACCCUGCGAAAUUCCUCCCAAUCUCCACCAAGCAGUCUGGGGGCAACACCGGUUACGAAAAAUAAAAAUACCAAAAACGAACCUAAUUUAGAGGGUGAGGACCGGAUUCCCUCUAAAUACCUCCUCCACAGCCAAUAUGUCAGAUGAGCACCUCGCUCGUCAGACAGCCUCAAGCUUCGAUAGGCUCGAAAACUUCAACUUUCUUCUCUCUCGACACGAUCCUAACCUGGCGAAGAGUCGGCAUUAUUCCUUUGACGCAGAUUCCACCGGCCUGGCGGCCUUUUCGAAUCUGAACAUGGAAUACGACCAGACGGAAGGGAUGGGCGGCCUCUCGGUCAGUUCCUAUGAUAGCAUCGAGGACGAACGCAGCCCGAUCGAUGUGCGAGGAUACCCGUAUCAUGAUCAAAUGCUGUCCUACUCAGCUCAUUCCAUCUAUCCACCUAUCUCAUAUGGCCCCCCUGAUGAUCUGGGGCCCGGGGGUGCUAUGACACCCUCGGAUGUCUCCUCAUCCAUAUCACCCCCCAACGGCCACAUCAACCACAGCAAGUACAGCACGCAAAUUCCUGGCGACCACCUUGCCUCCGCCCUGGGCCAGGAAGAGUCCGUCCGCCGUGCUGCCGAAGAAGACCGGCGCCGCCGGAACACGGCAGCCAGCGCCCGGUUUCGCAUGAAGAAGAAACAACGCGAACAGACUCUCGAACGUACCGUGCGCGAGACGACUGAAAAGAACGCCACCCUCGAGGCGCGCGUGGCACAACUCGAAAUGGAGAACCGAUGGCUGAAGAACCUCUUGACCGAGAAACAUGAAGCCAGCAGUACCCGGCUGGUUCCUCCCCCGAGUGACAGCACAGCCUUGGUGUCCCCAGGCACCAACGCUACCGGGCCCGGGCAAAAACAUAUCCAGCCAAAAAAGAAGGGCGUGGGCACCGACAACUGAAGACCAAAGAAAGAAGUACAUUUUCUUUUGAAGUUUUCUUCUCGCGUUCUUGUUCGUCGUUAUCCGUUCGACAUUUACCUGGGCGAUGUCAUGGGUUUGUUUGCGGGCUCAUUAUUUGGAUGGCCCUUC